AUGUUAUCAGAGAUAACCAGGUCAUUAUGCCAUGAGAAAUUUCUGGAAGGUCACUUCUCCAUAGAUUUGGCUGAUACAAAACCAAAGGACAAAAAAAAGAAGAAACAGCACAGGAUUCCAACAAAUGAUGAAUUACUAUAUGAUCCUGAAAAAGAUAAUAGAGACCAAGCAUGGGUUGAUGCACAGAGAAGAGGUUACCAUGGUUUUGGACUACACAGGGCACACCAGCAACAACAGCCAGUUCCAAACAGUGAUGCCAUCUUGAAUUGUCCUGCUUGCAUGACCACUCUGUGCCUUGAUUGUCAAAGGCAUGAAUCCUACAAAACUCAAUAUAGCGCCAUGUUUGUGAUGAAUUGCUCUGUCAACAAAGACGAGAUUCUAAGGUAUAAAACUCCAGAAAACAGGAAGAAAAGGUGGGGCUAUAAGAAGAUGAAGUCUAACCGUGUGGAUCCUGCGGAGCAGGCAGAGACAGAAGAGGAGGAAAUCUACCAUCCAGUCAUGUGCACAGAAUGUUCCACUGAAGUGGCAGUCUAUGACAAGGAUGAAGUCUUUCACUUUUUCAAUGUUUUAGCAAGCCAUUUCUAAACAGCAUAGCUGGCAUUUAGUUUCCCAGUGUG